AUGUCUGUGCCUUCCGCGCCUUUGCCCUCUGCUCAGUCAUCCUUUGUUACUCCGUCCCCUGUGGUGUCGGCCCCUGCACCAUCGCCCUCUGUGAUUGCGUCCCCUGCGACUCCGCCCGCUCAGUUGCCGGCCUGUGUCCCGCCGACUCCUGUGCUUCAGUCCCGUGUGGUUCCACCGUCUGUAUCAAAGCCCUCUGUGCGGCCUCUUCCCGUGCCUACCGCCCCCGUGGUGGAGGGAGCCGAGCUGGAGAUGCCUGACUUCAUGCAUCGCCCACGAGGGUCACGUAGUCACGUUAACGCGCCUAUGGAAAUGUGGGCACAGUGGGAUGCCUACAGGAAGAAGUACCCGCGUCGUUACUAUCCGGAUAAAUAUGAAGAUGAUUGA